ACAAACUCAAUCCGCACCCUAGUCCGAGAGAGAGAGAGAGAGAGAGAGAGAGGGAGAUGGAUGAGUUGAAGCCAAGGCCAGCAAACUCUAGUCCUCUAACUCCCUUGGGCUUACUAGAAAGAGCUGCCACAGUGUAUGGGGACUGUCCUUCUGUGGUGUACAACAACACCACUUACACGUGGUCAGACACGCACCGUCGAUGCCUCCUAGUCGCCUCCUCAAUCGCAUCCAUGGGCAUCAAACAAGGCCACGUGGUGUCCGUGGUGGCCCCCAACAUCCCCGCCAUGUACGAGCUCCAAUUCGCCGUCCCCAUGUCCGGCGCCAUCCUCAACUCCAUCAACACCCGCCUCGACGCCCGCACCGUCUCCGUCCUCCUCCGUCACAGCGAAUCAAAGCUCGUCUUCGUCGAUUACCAAUCCACCUCUCUCGUCCUCCAAGCCCUCUCUCACUUCCCUCCAACCUCUCCCCGCCCACCUCUAAUCCUCAUCGCCACCGACGACGGAGCUCCGCCGCAAUCCGCCGUUGACUUCAUCAACACGUAUGAGAGCUUGGUGGAGAGAGGUGAUCCUGAGUUCAAGUGGGUCCGGCCAAAGAGCGAGUGGGACCCGAUGAUCUUGAAUUAUACCUCCGGCACCACGUCAUCUCCCAAGGGGGUGGUUCACAGCCACCGUGGGCUUUUCAUCGUCACCGUUGAUUCACUGAUGGACUGGUCAGUACCCAAACAGGCCGUCUACCUGUGGACCCUACCCAUGUUCCACGCCAACGGCUGGAGCUUCACCUGGGGGAUGGCGGCUGUCGGCGGUAUCAACGUCUGCGUCCGGAAAUUCGACGCGGCGGUGAUCUACGCCGCUAUACGUAAACACGGCGUCACCCAUUUAUGCGGCGCUCCCGUGGUUCUCAACAUGCUAUCCAACUCCCCCGACGGUAAGCCGCUAGAGAAGCCGGUUCAGAUUCUGACCGCCGGAGCACCGCCGCCCGCGACGGUGCUGUUUCGGACCGAAUCGAUGGGUUUUGUAGUGAGUCACGGGUACGGGUUGACGGAAACGGCCGGGUUGGUGGUGUCGUGCGCGUGGAAACCCAAGUGGAAUCGGCUACCGGCGACGGAGAGAGCGAGGCUGAAGGCCAGACAAGGGGUGAGGACUAUUGGGAUGACGGAGAUCGAUGUAAUUGAUCCGGAUACCGGGUUGAGCGUGAAGCGAGAUGGGUCGACACUGGGUGAAGUGGUUCUAAGAGGUGGGGCGGUCAUGUUGGGUUACCUGAAAGACCCGGAACGAACAUCAGAAUGCAUGACAGAGAACGGGUGGUUCCACACCGGAGAUGUAGGGGUGAUGCACCCAGAUGGAUAUUUGGAGAUCAAAGACCGAUCCAAAGACAUCAUCAUCACCGGCGGCGAGAACGUGAGCAGCGUGGAGGUAGAGUCGGUGCUGUACUCUCACCCGGCGGUGAACGAGGCGGCGGCGGUGGCUCGGCCGGACGAGUUUUGGGGAGAGACCCCAUGUGCAUUUGUGAGUCUGAAGCCGGAGAUCGCUGGAAAGAAGCCGACGGAGAAGGAAAUCAUAGAGUAUUGUAGAGCAAAGAUGCCGCACUAUAUGGUGCCGAAGACGGUGGUGUUCAAGGAAGAGCUUCCGAAGACAUCGACUGGGAAGAUUCAGAAGUUCGUGCUCAGAGACCUUGCCAAAGCCAUGGGAUCUAUGAACAAAAGUCGUAUGUAAAAUGAGUUUGUCUUCACAUUCUUGAUUGCUCAAUCUGAUUAACCAAUUUGGAAAUA